AGCAUUGGAUUGACAUUGUCACAUACAUGCAGUCAAAACAUCCCAGCCACAACAUUAUCUGAAACCCUGUAGAUUCCAAUAAUGUUCCUCAAAUCAUAAAUUUCAAUUACCCAUGAUGGUCAUCGCCUGAAUGGCCUGGCGGCCCGAAUUAUCGCCGGCAUCGCUGCUGAAGCUGGUGUCGUUUCUGAACUGGGGUGCUCUGUAUCUGUGGUGCUGUGCUAAAUGGCCCAAGCAGAGCCCCGAAUGGUGUUCCCGAUUGGUGACGGUACUGCACGGCAGCGUCGCAACUGCCGUGGGCAUUUAUCAGUGUGGAGUGCGCUCAAUCACGCCAUGGCGUCUAACCAUGAAAAUAACAAGCUGGCACUACGCACUGAUGGUUUGGUCGUGGGGCUACUUCGCGUUCGACCUGAUCUGGUGCCUGGUGUACUGGACGGAGAACACGCUGAUGCUUUGCCACCACACCAGCGCCCUCUACGCCAUCACCAUCUACAUGCAGAAGCAGUACACUGGCUGCACCUUCGCCUGCACCCUGGCUAUGAUGGAAGUCACGAACCCUUUCCUACAAGCACGAUGGUUUCUCAGAUACGAAGGAUAUGACACAACCAUGCUAUAUUUCCUAGUGGAGGUGACGUAUCUACUAAGUUUCCUCGCGGUGCGAGGAGUUCUCGGCACCUGGGUCAUAUACAGGAUCGUGGAAUCGGAUAUAUUCGACAUGGACGAAAAAAUCAUAUCCGUUAUCUUCUAUUUCGUCUCACUGGCGUUCAUCAGGGACAUUGUGGGCUACAUCGUCUAUAGAUACAGAAGUAGAAUCGUAAGAAGCAUUCAGAAAUUAUUUGGACGAAGUGGGCAUUUUGUUAAAUGAAGGACACUAACUAAAAUUAAAAGGAGCUUUAAUAUUGUACUAUUUACAAUAAUGUGAAAAUUUUGUAACAUUGCACAAGUUUUUGAUAAAGUUUUGUUUUCUUUCUAA